AGACAAAACUUCAUUAAUUAAUUACAUGACUUUAAAUUAUCAAAGUUAAGCCACUGUCGCCACUUGGUUUUUCUUCUUCUUCUUCUUCGCUUCCUUUCUUUGAAUUCUGAUUUUUUUUUUCGAGGUAAAAAUGGAGAUUUGGGAGAGAGUGAAAGCUCGAGUGACCGUUCUCUCAGCGCACUUGGCGGUGUCUGAUCCCGUCGGAUUGGGACAGGUGUUACCAGCGAUCGAGCCAUGGUGCACAUCAGCUCACACGAGUGGCACACCGCAUGGAUCUCUUAAGGGAAGCUUGACGAUCGUCGAUGAGCGUACGGGAACAAAAUAUCAGGUCCCAGUCUCAGAGGAUGGUACCGUCAAAUCCAUUGGCUUGAAGAAGAUAACGACAGGGAAGGAUGACAAAGGGAUUACGUUAUAUGAUCCAGGUUACUUGAACACGGCUCCUGUUCGAUCUUCCAUCUCUUACACCGACGGAGACGAAGGAAUCCUCCGGUAUCGAGGUUUCCCAAUACAAGAGUUGGCUGAGAGCAGCACUUUCAUCGAGGUUGCUUAUCUCCUAAUGUAUGGGAAUCUGCCUUGUCAAAGUGAGCUAGCUGAUUGGGAGUCUGCAGUUUCUCAGAAUUCAUCUGUGCCACAAGGAGUAUUGGAUAUCAUUGAGUCCAUGCCUCAUGAUGCUCAUCCAGUGGGCGUUCUCGUCAGCGCGAUGAGUGCACUUUCCCUCUUUUAUCCUGAUGCAAAUCCUUCUCUUAUGGGCCAAGAUAUUUACAAGUCAAAACAAGUUCGUGAUAAGCAGAUUUUCCGUAUUCUUGGACAGGCACCAACAAUUGCAGCAGCUGCUUAUUUAAGAAUGGCAGGCAAGCCUCCUGUUCUUCCGUUGGAGAACCUUUCGUAUGCAGACAAUUGCCUCUAUAUGCUUGAUUCAAUGGGCAAUAAGUCAUACAGGCCCAAUCCUCGGCUAGCUCGAGUGUUGGACAUCAUCUUCAUACUCCAUGCUGAACAUGAGAUGAACUGCUCCACUGCUGCUGCUCGGCAUCUUGCCUCUAGUGGUGUGGAUGUGUACACUGCUGUCUCUGGAGCUGUUGGAGCGAUUUAUGGUCCACUUCAUGGUGGCGCAGUUGAAGCUGUGCUUAAGAUGUUAUCAGAGAUUGGCACUGUUGAAAAUAUUCCAGAGUUCAUCCAAGGCGUGAAGAACAAGAAGAGGAAGGUGUCAGGUUUUGGACACCGCGUUUACAAAAGCUACGACCCCAGAGCAAAAGUCGUUAAAAAACUGGCGGAUGAAGUGUUCUCCAUUGUUGGAAAGGAUCCUCUGAUGGAGGUAGCAGUUGCUCUAGAGAAGGCGGCACUCUCUGAUGAGUAUUUUGUUAAGAGAAAGCUUUACCCAAAUGUUGAUUUUUACGCUGGAUUAAUCUAUAGGGCAAUGGGAGUCCCACCAACAUUCAUCGCAGUCUCGCGUAUGGCUGGAUACUUGUCACACUGGUGUGAGUCGUUAGAUGAUCCUGACACUAAGAUCAUGAGACCCCAACAGGUCUAUACUGGAGUAUGGCUAAGGCAUUACGAGGCAGUGAUAGAAAGAACUUUCAAGUGAUUUGGAUUCGGAUCAGUGUGGUGUAUUUCCAUUUCGAAUGCAUAAGAGUCAAACAGAUAACUGAACUCUAAUAUGUAUGUUACAUAUGUGUAAUGUAUGAGUUUUGGUUGUGUUGUCAUUAAUAUAUAAUUAAGUACAUUUCAAAUCUAUAUUAAACUAAAUGAAACCAGUAAGAUACUAGACCACAUAUUUUCUC